UAAUGUUGAUAAAAAUUACAUUACUUUUUCAACCGGAAGGAAUAUGUUCUAAGGUAUACACGGAACUCCUUCCUGUUUUUCAAAAAUGACCGGUGUAUCGGAUGUUGUAAAUCUGUGAUCUCUGUAUGCUAAACUAAUGCGGGUUAUUAUCAGUAUAUCGAUCAACCUAAAUUGCCUUCAUUCAUUAUAAAGACAGUAACGCUACCCAACACACAUGGAAUGAAAUCGGCCAUAUUUUUCUAUUAUUGAAGAACAGUUAUAUAUAUUAAUGUUAGAUAGGAUGUAAUUUUGUGGAUUUAAAUGAAUUCAUAUUUGUAUCUUCGAAUCUGACAUUCAUUAAUAUAAUUAUGUGGGUAUUUAAAAUGUUCUGAUAACAGUAAACAAUUGUUUACCUAAAAUGUCAAUGUAGUUCAACUGGGUAUUGGAUAUUGUGUUUAUAGGGAAAAUCAAUAUAUAACAAUUAUGUAGUUGCAUUCAAAAACAAAACAACUUUAAUUCAUGGAUAUGAGUGUGGUCCAUGUAGUGGUUACUUUACUUUUUACAGUAUGUCGUUCAUGGGCACAACCUCGUCUCAACACCGUUUCGACCACCAUUACACAGACAUCUGGGUAUUCAGCUGUUCUCAAUUGCCAGGUCUACAAUUUGGAUGAUGCAAAGGUAAUAUGGCUUGGUCCUUCGGGAAUGCCGUUAACGAUUGGCCGAAAUCGAAUUACGACGGAUAAGAGAAUUUCUCUAGAACAACCGUAUAGUGUUGAUUGGAAUUUACAUAUACGACAUGUCAAGCCGAGCGAUGCUGGCGAGUAUAUAUGCAAAGUAGAUACAAAGCCACCACAAACAAAAAGAGUCAACCUGCAAAUAAAGGUUGCACCUACAAUUAAUCAUGCGCUUUCAACAAAGGAUCCCCUUUCGGUAGUAGAAGGAGAAAAAGUUACACUUGUCUGCAAAGUAUCAGCAUUACCCGCCGCAAGUGUGAUGUGGUUUUAUAUUCACCCUAAAAGACCGGAUGAUAAGGAGCAGCCUAAUUUUCCAGCCUCUGUUACUGGAGAAACCAUAACAAUCCACGAUAUAUCCAAAGAGCAAGCUGGUAUUUAUGAAUGCCUUGCAUUUAAUGGUGUCCCUCCUACAUCAACCAAAAACAUUACAGUUAAUGUUGAAUUUAAACCGAUUGUAUCUACAAACUAUAAACAAAUUCAACAAUUAAGGGGUAAAGAUACUAUUCUGGAAUGUCUUAUCAGGGCAUAUCCACCGGAAAUAGCAAUAUGGAAAAGGGGAAAUAAGGAGAUAGAAGAAGGAGAGCGAGACUGGAAAUACUCUCCAACAUUAUACAAAAGAAGUGAAUCAGAAUUCGUUUUAAGUUUACAAAUAUAUUCGUUAGAAGCUGAUGAUUUCGGAAAUUAUACAUGUGAAGCCAGCAAUCAACAUGGAACAUCUUCUGUAUCAGUUUUUGUUGAAGAAUUGGUAAUAAAGCCAUCGACAACAACUACCACUACCACUUCUACAACUACGAAAAUAGUCACAACAUCAACAUCCACGAUGCCAAUUACAUCGUCAGUUACAAAUAGGACAUUAUCGUCAAUUCGGACAACACCAAAUCAAAUUAAAACCACAACACAGAAAGGUGUGAUUAUCGAUGAUGGGGAUUCUUCAAAUGGCGAUAAGGACCCCGGAUAUAAUGUGCUUACAACGGCUGUUUAUCCAAUUUCACCUGCUGAACAAGAUCCAAGAAACAGAGGAAACUGUUUAAAUUGGAAAUUGUCGGGACUUGCAGUUCUAGUUUUAUCACUAAUUAUAAUGUGACAUGAUCUAUGAUGAAUUUUGUCUCUUUUGCGCAAGUGCUACAAACUUUCUAGUCAGUUGAUAAUGAUAUUGUACAUUUACGAAACAGUGUAUGCUUAAGUCUAUGUUCUGUAUAAGCAAAUGUUCUGAUGAGUCAUAGUGUCAGUAUUAUGGAGGACACAAGGUGUUCUUUUAAUUUAUUAUCUUUUUUCAUUCUAACGUUCUGUGUACAUGUAAAUAAAGAAAAGAUCUGAAAAUUAUAAUUUGUUUACUGAAGUGUAGAUGUUUUUUGUUCAAAGAGAGAAUUUUUCUGUCGAAAUCCACGUAAAACAGUAAAUCUAUAUUUAUUUGUAAGCGUAGGCUUUAUUUGUCAUGUUACUUAAAGGUAUUUUGUCAAAACUGAGACUUAUUUUAACCUAAAAUAAAUGUUGUUUUGACAAUGAGUGUAAGAUAGUAGUCGACGAUUUUUGUAGGACUUCUUUGAGAAAUGGAAAAUAAAAGUCAAUUUAUUAGUCUAUAUGAUAACUUAAUUAUAUAUAAAUGACUAAACUACAUGUAGGUGGAAAAAUGACCCUUGAAGCAGUACAUUUAACAUGAUAACGCUUCCUAUUUUAGAGUUCGAAACCGGACUUAAUGUUAGAUAUGAAAUGAUUUACAUAUAAAAGGUGAAUAGAUCAAACCAUAAAUGAAAGUAUGUAACAUUUAACAGAUAUACUCGGGGUUCUAUGUACUUAACAGAGAGGACAUAAACAAUACUCGUUUAUUUUAUUUGUAAUUUAUAUUUUUGUAAAUUGUAUGAAUAAAUUUGCUUAUAUUGUUUUAAAUACAUAUUAGUAAAUUGUUCUAUAUCAUUUAUCACAAAUAAAUACACUUCCAUAAAUCCAUGUCAAACUUCCUGUAAAUUUGAAUAACUAUCUCGACGAUAAGAUAUAUGGGUAAACGGAAAAAAAGUCACAGUCAUUUUUUUUAUUAUUAUCUAUUUAUUUAUUCAAUUGCAAUAAACACAAAAAAAACAAUAAGUGUUUAAAACAUUCUCUUUAUUUAUGAAAUUCCCUUAUCUGGUCUCCAAUGGACUGAUUUAUUUCAGUGUCCUGAUUAUCUAUGGCAUACAAAAAUGAUACAAGAUGAUUGUACAAGCUAAUAAACAAUGUGCUAUAAUAUAUAUGUUUUCUUUUGUGCCAAAUAAUGGUAAUAAUCAAACGUUGUAUGUUUAUAUGUAAAGAUGUGAAUGUGUAUGAUGUAAAUAUAUGUUUUUACUGUAUGUAAAUGUUACAUGAAUAAACUGUCGCCAAGUA